AUGGUGGACUGCAGGCCGGGCGCGGGUGCUCCGCCCCUUGAACUCACACAUCCCCAACCAAAUGGCGGCGCGCCAAAUGAGAAUCAUCAUAACCAGCAGGCGGGAGGUAACGGGGACAUGGUGGCCCACGGCAUUGCUUCCCCGGCGUCAGUGCGGUCUUCCACACCGGCCUCGACAAACACGCUGACUACCUAUACCAACGCGAUGAACCCUGGUGGGGGUGUUGGCGGAAACGGGUACCCCGUGGGAGGCGUGGGGGGCAUGCCAGGCGUGAGCGCGGGCGGGGCGUGCGCGCCUUACGUGUGCGGCGUGAAGAGCGUGGUGUGGUGCGGGGGCCCGGGCGGGGGCGCAGGCAUGGCGCCGGCGCCCCCGCCCGGCCACGCGCACGUGCCGCCCCCUCCGCCGCCCGGCGUCAACGCGCACGUGUUCAAGAGCAUCCAGCCGAACGGCUCCGACCUGCCCAUGAACGACAUCCCCACGCUGCGCUUCUACUACAACCUGGGCGUGGAGUGCGUGUGGGCCACGUACGGGCCCCCGCGGCCCUACUCGGCGCGCGACCUGGCGCACGACCUGGCGCACGUGUCGCUGGCCGACCGCGCCCACCACGCGCCCGACCACGCGCACAAACACAAGCCCGCGCCCGCCGCAGACAAGCCGCAGCUCAACAACCAGCCCAAGGGCAACGGCCAGCGACCUCUGCUCGGGCCCAGAUUCAAGCGCGGAGGCGGCAAUCAAGACGGCAAUCAAAACUCGAACCACAAUCAGAACAAGCACAACAACAACAUGGGCAAUAAAGGCCCUAACAACCGUCGCAACUCUCACGGCGAGCCGCGCGGCCCGCACAUUGGCUACAGCGGCGCAGGCGAGGGCGAGUGCGUCAUGGAACAGCCCAUGCUGACCCUGCCGUACAUCCCAUACCCACCACCCAUGUAUCCAAUACAGUACUACCCUGUUGAAACUGACCCUGCUAUGAUGGGUAUGAUGGGCGGUAUGGGCUACGUUGGCUACGAGGAAGGAGUAUAUGAGGGAGGGAUGCAGGCAUACUACCCUCCCGCCCCGCACUACCCGCCGCCGCAUCCACACCCACACCCACACCACGUAGAGCACAAGUAA